GCCGCUCACGUGACCGCGCGACCCUAAGGAGCAAUGGCGGGGCGGCUGGCUGGCUUCCUGAUGUUGCUGGGACUCGUGGCGCAGGGGCCGGCGCCAACACGUGCCGGGAAGAUGAAGGUGGUGGAGGAGCCCAACACAUUCGGGCUGAAUAAUCCGUUCUUGCCCCAAGCGAGCCGCCUUCAGCCCAAGAGAGAGCCUUCCGCUGUAUCCGGGCCCCUGCAUCUCUUCAGACUUGCUGGCAAGUGCUUCAGCCUAGUGGAGUCCACGUACAAGUAUGAAUUCUGCCCUUUCCACAAUGUGACCCAGCAUGAACAGACCUUCCGCUGGAAUGCCUACAGCGGGAUCCUUGGCAUCUGGCAUGAGUGGGAAAUCAUCAACAAUACCUUCAAGGGCAUGUGGAUGACUGAUGGGGACUCCUGCCACUCGCGGAGCCGGCAGAGCAAGGUGGAGCUCACCUGUGGAAAGAUCAACCGACUGGCCCACGUGUCUGAGCCAAGCACCUGUGUCUAUGCAUUGACAUUCGAGACCCCUCUCGUCUGCCAUCCCCACUCUCUGUUAGUGUAUCCAACCCUGUCAGAGGCCCUGCAGCAGCGCUGGGACCAGGUGGAACAGGACCUGGCAGAUGAAGUGAUCACACCACAGGGCUAUGAGAAGUUGCUGAGGGUACUGUUUGAGGAUGCUGGCUACUUAAAGGUCCCAGGAGAAACCCAUCCCACCCAGCUAGCUGGAAGUUCCAAGGGCCUGGGGCUUGAGACUCUGGACAAUUGUAGAAAGGCACAUGCAGAGCUGUCACAGGAGGUACAAAGACUGACGAGUCUGCUGGAACAGCAUGGAAUCCCCCACACUCAGCCUACAGGACCAGUCCCAGUCUUCACGGUAGAGGGCUGAAGUUUUCACCCAGCCUCAGCAGAAUCUGCGCCGCAGGCCUGAGGCCAAGCUGUGAGCUGCGUCGCCUGAGCCCUGGACGCUGAAGGGUGAACUGCAGCACAGCUGUGUUUGCUGGUCAUGUGACGGAUUCUGGUAAUACCUGGAUGUACAGCUCAGGUACCAGAUGUGUGCUAAAACUGUCAUGGACUCAACGCCUGUGGGCAUCUGUGGAUCAGCUAGAGGUGAGGGUGGCCACAGGUGCAGCAGACUGCUGUCUCUGGUUCACAGCCUCUCUGUGCAGCACAAGCUGGGGUGCCCCAGGCGACUCAGGGUUACAAAGCACCAUUGCGAUUCAGAUGAGACAUCAGAGCACAGCUCCUUCCCGAGUCGAUCUUGGACUCCUCUGAACGUCUGACUCCUUGGCUGCAUUUUUCAUUAGCAUGAAAUUGUCUUUCAAAGGAGAAGAAAAAAAACCAAACGAACCAAUUCCUUCACUUCUCUCGCAAGGCACAGGCACUUGGAAGUGGCCACGGAUCACAUAAGUGUAUGACAGUUCUGGAUAUCACUCUAUGAUACUGGAAUAUAAAACUCCACAUACAUGUGCACCUGCACAUGCUCAGGAAAAUUAGUUCCUUCCAUAGAAUUAAGAACAUUUAAAUGUAUAUGUGUCUUUCAAUAACCAUUCUCUGCUUAUAAAUACUAUUUGCUUGCAAUUAAUUUUAAAAUGUAAAAAUUCUAGUUCUUCACUACUAGAUAAAUGUUCCUUUCCUAAAUAGUUUCAGAGUAUGAAAUCUAACGUAGUUACCAUUACUACGAGUUAACCACAAACCGAUAGGAAACUUCAAGUUCACAGUAUACUUAUAAAGCUUCAUGUUAUCGCAUAUUAAAAAACAUGGACCUAGAAA